GGGAGAACGAAAUCAAUUGCUUACUAAACCAGUUAAUGGAAGAAAAAAGAUGGUCAAACCUUCAUCUAAUUAAAGCCCUCAAAACUUGAAUCUGUGAUUCAGUAAUAUUGCUAUUAGAUUAGGUCAAUCAUCAUCAAUGGAAGUGAAGAAAAUAGUACCAUUUCGUUUUGCAAACAACACUGCUUUAUGUCUUUCUCCUGAAUUCAUUCUCCCUGAAGAGAAACGACCAUGUCUUUGUGAUGUUUCCUCCAUGCACUCUGUCCCCAUCAUUGACCUGAAAGGUUAUGAUGAAUGUGAGCAUGGUUUGGUGCAGAAGAUUUCAGAAGUAUCUCAGCAAUGGGGAAUGUUUCAGGUCAUCAACCAUGGAGUCUCUCCAGAUCUAUGCAGAGGUGUGUUGGCUGCUCUGCUCGAGUUCUUUCAGCUGCCUCCUGAAGAAAGAUCCAUUUUCUUCACAAAAGAUCACUCUGAGCCAGUCAAAAUCUUGAACUACUAUUUCAAUGGUAGUGACCAAAAGAAGGUUGCGAUGUGGAGCGAAACUUUCACUCACCCUUGGCAUCCUACAGAGGAUUUCAAACAUUAUUUACCAACGAAUCCUCCUCAAUACAGGGAUGUCUUCGCUGCAUAUGCAAAGGAAGUAGGUACCCUGAUGAAUAGGCUUUUGAGCUUGAUGUCCCAAGGACUUGGGCUAGAAGAGGGUUCCUUGGUGAGAAGGUUGGGUGCAAAUCCCAAUUUUUAUUCACAUGCCAAUUACUAUCCACCGUGUCCAGAACCAGAGCUCACAAUGGGGUUGAAUGAACACAAUGACAUAACAGCACUCACUAUACUGCAGUUGAAUGGAGUCCCUGGCUUGCAAGUGGAGUAUGAUGGUAAAUGGGUACCGGUUGACCCUGUCCCUGAUGCCUUCGUUAUCAUUGUUGCUGAUCAGAUACAGGUGCUUAGUAAUGGAAGGUAUAAGAGUCCGGCUCACAGAGCAGUCACUAAUAGGUGGCUCUCACGACUGUCACUAGCUAUGUUUUAUGCUCCAAAUGAUGAAGUGGUAAUUGGCCCCAUGGAAGAGCUAACGGAUGAGGAGCUUCCUCCCAUUUACCGAAAUUAUAGGCACAAGGAAUAUAUGGAAGAAUUUUAUCGGCAACAGGGUAAAAGAAGAAGGGUGAAGGAAGCAUUUGAGCUGUAGAACAAAUAUUGUGUUAAAGAAUAAAAGAAUGUUGCGUUUUAUCUUGGUAGUAUCCACUAGCAAGAAAAGUGCAUGUGAUCAUAACAAAAAUGAGACAAUUGAAAUAAACAAAAAUAAACACAAGAAGGGGUUUGAAGGUUGAAUUGUGCAUAUGAAAUUCUUUUAAGAAAAUCUAGUUUUGUAAUAUACAAUAUUUUACAAAUUUUAAGAUUCAUUGAGACA